CAUCCAUACAUAUCUAACACUUGACAGCAUUCUCUUCAGGCUCUUGCUCCUGAUCUCCAUCCACUUUCGUUUGCUUUUGUAACAAUGGCUAACAAAAAUGGAGUUGAGUGGAGCAUCAGGUUGGGUGAUGGAUCAUCCAUGGCGCUUGAGCCUGAGCCUGAGCCUAAAUAUGGAGUGAUGAGAUUGUGGGACGGUUUAAAGGGUUUGGUGGUUCGGUUUGUGAUGAGAGUGUGGAUGUUUUUAAAGAAGGCGUGGAACCUCGGAGUAGAUGACCCUAGAAAAUUCUUGCAUAGUCUUAAAGUUGGAAUCGCUUUAAUGGCCGUUUCUUUGUUUUACUACAUGAGACCGUUGUAUGAUGGUGUUGGUGGUAACGCCAUUUGGGCUGUUAUGACCGUUGUUGUCGUCUUUGAAUAUACUGUUGGUGGAACUUUGUCCAAGUGUUUGAACAGAAUGUUUGCUACUACUCUUGCUGGAUUUCUUGCACUUGGGAUUCAUUGGAUUGCUAGCCAUUUAGGCCACGAAUUCGAGCCGUACAUCAUGGGGAUUUCUCUUUUUUUACUAGCUUCGGCUACAACCUUUUCGAGAUUUAUUCCUAUAGUGAAAGCUAGAUUCGACUACGGUUGCAUGAUCUUCAUUCUUACAUACAGCCUGGUUUCAGUCUCGGGGUACCGCGUUGACAAUCUCCUACGCGUGGCUCACGAAAGGCUAUCAACCAUAAUCAUAGGGACUUGUUUGUGCAUUAUAACAAGCAUGCUUAUUUUUCCUGUUUGGGCUGGUUUAGAGCUCCAUCUUUUGAUCCCGCGUAACAUGGAUAAGCUUGCGAAAUCUCUGGAUUGUUGUGUGGCGGAUUAUUUUGGUCGUGGCGACGAAGAAUCUAAGAAAAGUUUACAAGGUUAUAAAUGUGUGUUGAAUUCAAAAACGUCCGAGGAAGCCAUGGCAAAUUUUGCAAGAUGGGAGCCUGCACAUGGUCGCUUUAACUUCCGCCAUCCGUGGAAGAACUACCUUAAAAUAGGCAUGUCAACGCGCAACUGCGCUUAUUGCAUUGAAACACUCACUAGUUGCUUGACCUCCAAGAAUAAGGUUCCGGAAUCAAUAAAGAAACAUCUUGAAGCAGCAUGCAUGAACCUAAGCACAAGCUCAUCAAAUGUUAUUAGAGAACUAGCAACAGUUGUAAGUUCAAUGACGAGAUCAGCGAAGAUAAAUAUGGCGGUUGAAGAUAUGAAGAGCGCGGUUCUUGAGCUACAAAAUGACUUAAAAUCCCUUCCAGAUUUGUUGAUCCAAACACAUGAACACAAGGAUGAAAACAAGGUGGCCUUGAGUGAAAUGACCAUAAUGCCCCUGAUCGAGAUCAUGCCGUUAGUGAGUUUUGCGUCUUUACUGAUUGAAAUGGCUUCUAGAAUAGAAGAAAACAUGGUGAAAACAGUUGAAGAGUUGGCGGAAUCGGCUAAGUUUAAGAAACCGGAAGAUGAAGUAAAGCCCAAACACAAUCAGACUAGCAACAAGAUUAAUGCCUCCAAUGACGAAAAUAUAACGGUCCUUCAACGAGUAUAAAUAUAUAUAAAAAACUUGAUGAGUUUUUUUUACUUCCAUUUUUUUACCUUUAAUGGAAAGUACUAAAGACAACAAAAAUGACUUAUUUUACCAAAUAGACCUAUUGUAUAUAAUGAUAAUUAGAUAUCUUUUAAAAAUAAUGUCGUUUGAGAUUCUAUUUAUUAAGAACAGUUUCAUUUUCUCUAAAA